AUGUCCAUGGCCGGAGUUGAAGGAAUGGGUGACUAUUGUUUACUAGAUCAAAGUAUAGCGAAGCCGAUACACAUGCUACUAAUAGCUGAUCCACGAACGCUCAAUGAAUUUGUACUUGAAAGAACAGGAAAAACAGGGAUAUUUCAAGAAUUCCCUCAGAAUAUGUAUAUGCGUAAAAAUUGGCAAAACAUACAAAAAGCAUUACUACCUGACGCUGUAAUGAUAUUAGGAGAUUUGAUAAACGAGGGAAGAAAAUGGGAUAAUGUAAAAUGGGAAUUAGCAAUACAUCGAUUCAACAUUAUUUUCAUGCAAACACCAUCUCUUAAACAAGCACCAGUUUUUUAUUUAGCUGGAAAUCAAGAUAUCGGAUUCGGGAAUAAUAAUGUAUCAUACGAGGCAUACAAUCGUUUUCGCACGGUGUUCGGUAAGACAAAUUACUCACUCAAAAUUGGUAAUCACUCUAUAAUAGCCUUAGAUACGGUAACGUUAUCAGGAAAAAAUGAAAAUUUAUCACUCGAAGCAACUCAUUUGAUCGAAGGGCUUAAAAUGGAUUCAAAUAAAGCACCACGAAUACUUUUCACGCACACUCCGCUAUAUCGACCUCCCAAUACCGAUUGUGGGCCACCACGACAAAAUAAUCGUCACAUUCUCGAUGAAUCGAUUUCCACUUUGAUUUUGGAAAAUGUUCGACCGAAACUUGUAUUUAGCGGAGAUGCUUAUAAUGAUUGUGAAAUUCGACAUAAGUCUGUGGAUGCUGUUGAGAUUACCGUUAAUAGUUUCAAUUUUGCAAUGGUAAGUUAA